AUGGGAUCCGGCCCGGAAAAGAUCAAGGGUUCAACAUCUGCAAGCUCCGGUAAGAAUGUGUUGAGAGCUCUUGUCGUCGACGACAGUAAGUUCCACCGCGUGCUGCAGACUGCUCUGCUCCGUUUCUUUAAGGUCGAGACUACUGCAGCCGAGAACGGGAAAGAGGCGGUGGAUCUCUUUCGCUCCGGGAGUAACUUCGACAUAGUUCUCAUGGACAAAGAGAUGCCUGUCAUGGAUGGCCCUGAGGCCACGAGGACGCUGCGAUCGAUGGGGGUUGACGCCAAGAUUGUGGGCAUAACGGCGAAUGCCAGCAGUGAGAGUAAGGCAGAAUUCAUGGAAGCAGGAAUAGAUGAUUUCCUCCUCAAGCCGCUGACGGCUGACAACGUCGCUUCGCUGCUCGAAAACAUGGGGAAAAACUGA